GAACGAGCCGGAGGAGCCCGCCCGGAAACCGUACGGAAGGUGCCAUUGGCCGGAGUAUGGAAGCGGAGAAGAUGGAUGAGAAUGAAUGGCGGUAUCACGGGGAGGGCAACAAGAGCCUCGUCGUCUCCCACAGACAGCAUUGCAUAGUACUACGCUUCUUGAAGUUUCCUCCAAACCGAAAUAAGACACCAGAAGAAAUCUCUCAUCAUCUUCAGAACAUAGUAUAUUUUGGUAAACACAUCAUGAAGCACUUUUUUGGGGAGAAAUAUGUUCAUCAUGGGGAAGUUGUCCAGCUGUCUUUGGACUUUGUGAAACAGCUUUGCUUAAAGAUCCAGGCAGAGAGGCCAGAAUCACGCUGUGAUAAAGACAUGGAUACUCUUAGUGGUUAUGCUUUGUGCCUUCCUAAUCUCACCAGGAUGCAUUUUGUUGAACAUCGCCCCAAAUUUUGUAUAGAAAUUAAGCCAAAAUGUGGAUUUCUCCCCUUUUCCAGUCAUGUUUCACAAGAGAUAAAAUAUAAAGUUUGUCGUUACUGCAUGCACCAGCAUCUAAAGGUAGCAAAAGGGAAGUGGAAACAUCUAAGUAAAUAUUGUCCUCUAGAUCUAUUCUCAGGAAAUAAACAGCGAAUGCACUUCGCCUUGAGAAAUCUAUUAUAUGAAGCACAGAAUAAUUUAAAAAUAUUUAAGAAUGGUGAAUUAAUUUAUGGCUGCAAAGAUAAUGAGGAUUCUCUCUCUGAUUUGAAUGAACUUGCUUGCCAUCUGAAGCCUUUCUUCUUUCCUUCAAAUGGCCUGGUCAGUGGGCCUCAUUGUACAAGGACAAUUCUGAAAGAAUUGAUCCACGUAAUAACAACAAUUUUACUGAGUAAUACAGACACCUGUAAAGCAGGUGAUUUGAAGACAGUUCACACCUCACAAGGAAGAAGCUAUUGUGAAGCCAGUGCUUUCAGUAAAGAGCUAGUGCGGAAUGCUAAAAACAAAGUAGAGACCUCUGGCUUGCCAAAGGGAUGUCUCCUUUACAAAACACUUCAGGCUCAAAUGCUGGAUACACUGGAUAUAGAAGGGGUUUAUCCUUUAUACAACAGAGUCGAACAAUACUUGGAAGAGUUUCCCAAAGAGAGGAACGUACUACAGAUUGAUGGGCCUUAUAAUGAAUCAUUCUAUGAGAAGUUACUAGAUCGCUCAAGUGAGGAUGAUGGAACUGUAGCGUAUGCAUUGACAAAGGUUCAGCAGUAUAGAGUUGCAAUGACAGCAAAGGACUGUUCCAUAAUGAUUGUGCUUUCACCUUGUCAACAAGAUGAAUGCUCUGAGCAGAGGCCAGUGGUUGUAACAUCAAAAUCCAGAUUCACCUUUUCAGUUUCUGUCCUGGAUUUAGACCUGAAGCCAUAUGAAAGCAUUCGUCAUCAACAUAAGCUUGAUGGGAAGAUAGUGAAUUGUUAUCUGAAAAGGACACAAGCCAAAGAUGACUCAGUAAUGUCAAAUCUCUUAAAAGAAAAUGAAGAUUGCACACUAGUCCUCCAUAAAAUGUAACUGGCUAAAUAUUUAACACAGAGGAAAAUUAAGUUAUGUUGUUUUUCUAUUAUUUUCAGUUGUGCUUUCAAUUUAUCUGACUUUCAGAAACACACAACCCCCCCUCCCCGAUUGCCUUGAAGAAUGCAUUUAUUGUAAGAGAGCCAUGUACUAUUAGUUUGAAUGAAAUGACUAUUCUGACUGUAGAAGAGAAUUUGAUUGUUCAAAUGCAGAAAACCAGUAUCCUUAUUAAAAUUCUAGAUGCAGCUAUAACUAUAUGUGAAUUGCUGAGUAUCACUUGUUUAAAAUAAAUAAGGUGAUCUGAUCAAAUUCCAAAAUUCUUGAUUAGAAAUAAUUCUAGAUUCUUAACGCUUCUUAGACUGCUCCUUGCAUAUGUAUUGUCUCUUAUGUUCAAAGUGAUCUUGUGUAGUUGUUCUCCGAAUUGUUCAAAACCUAUUAAAAAAUUUUAAUGUAUAAAGAAAAAUCCCCCUUUC